AUGUUCUGGAAGCUGUUCAACUACAUUUCAGGCAAGAAUGAUAAGAAAACCAAAGUUCCCAUGACUGCUCCAGUCUCUGUUUUCAUUGAACCUGCAUCUGGUCCCAACUGCGAAAGCACUUUCACUAUGGCAUUCUAUGUUCCGGCUGCUUUUCAAGAUGACACACCACAACCCACAGAAAGUGGUGUGACGAUUGAAGAAUGCCAAAGUUCAAGAACUUGUGGGGGCUUUUCAAACGACCGCGUCACACAACAGGAACGUCAAAACCUGUUUGAUUCUCUGGCUGAAGAGGAUAAACAAUUAGUCAACCAAACCGGACCAUAUUAUUACGCUGGAUACGAUCCCCCAUUCAAACUUUUUUAUCGCCGCAACGAAGUAUGGAUGAUUCCCCAAUCUGAAUUGAACUUGCCUCUUGAUGCAGAAUCCCAACAGCACACAACUGUCGCAAAGCCCAUCAGCUCUUGCGACGAGAAAAAUGAAUCGGACAAUUGA